GGCCGCCAUAUUAGAAUAACGUAGGAGUAGCGUUAGAUUUUAGGUGGCAUGUUGAUGCAGUGAAUCGCGUCUUUUGUUUUUUUUCUGUAACCGCAAAACUUACAGAUAUCUUUUUUCUUCUUCUUCAUUGCAGUGCUGCACAUAGUAUUAGGGGCUUUGAAGCACGUCGCCUCGAAGGUUUCGUUUGGCGGUGGUUAUCUAGUCCGAUUGUGUCAGCUUGCAUCGCGUGAACUUUCACUGCUGCUUGUGUCAAUUUAGAUGGCCAGCUUCCCAGACUUUGUCAACGAAAAUGAUAUAGCAAAGGCCCGGUCAGUAGGAGAUCUCUUAACACCGGCUGCCCCUUUUGACCAGAAGUCUGGCCGGGAAACGUGGACUGUUGCUUUUGCUCCAGAUGGUUCUUACUUUGCUUGGUCUCAGGGUCAUCGUAUAGUGAAGCUUGUUCCUUGGUCCCAGUGCCUUAGCAGCUUCUUACUAGUUGGUAACAGUGUCAACAAUGUUGCAAACAGAAGACUGUCACGACAGAACAGUGAUGGACAGCAAAAGAAUGUUCCUCGGGAGCACACAAUAGACUGUGGGGAUAUUGUCUGGGGCCUGGCAUUUGGUUCCUCUGUUCCUGAGAAACAAAGUCGAUGUGUUAACAUAGAAUGGCAUCGGUUCAAGUUUGGUCAAGACCAACUCCUGCUUGCUACUGGACUUAACAAUGGCAGAAUCAAGAUCUGGGAUGUUUAUACAGGCAAGCUGCUGCUAAAUUUAAUGGAUCACACUGAAAUAGUCCGUGAUCUAACAUUUGCUCCAGAUGGCAGUCUCAUUUUGGUGUCUGCAUCACGAGAUAAGACAUUGAGAGUUUGGGAUCUUAAAGAUGACGGAAACAUGAUGAAAGUUCUCAGGGGUCACCCAAGCUGGGUGUAUUCCUCUUCCUUCUCCCCUGAUUCCUCAAUUUUGUGCUCUGUUGGAGCCAAUAAAGCAGUGUUCUUAUGGGAUAUGGACAAAUAUACAAUGAUUCGUAAACUGGAAGGCCAUCACAAUGAUGUUGUUUGUUGUGAAUUUUCUCCUGAUGGUGCCUUAUUGGCUACUGCUUCCUAUGACACACGUGUUAUUGUCUGGGAUCCUCAUAUUGGCGUUGUAUUACUAGAGUUGGGACACCUUUUCCCUCCUCCAACUCCAAUAUUUGCUGGAGGUGCCAAUGAUCGGUGGGUGAGGUCAGUCUCCUUUUGUCAUGAUGGCCUUCAUAUUGCAAGCAUUUGUGAUGAUCGGAUGGUGAGGUUCUGGAGCAUUAAUGAGACCUCUCCUCAAGCAGUUGCAUCUCUGAGCAAUGGUUUGUGCUGUGCCUUUUCAACUGAUGGUAGCGUUUUAGCUGCUGGGACUCGUGAUGGCAGUGUUCACUUUUGGGCAACUCCACGGAACAUAUCUAGUCUCCAGCAUCUGUGCCGAAUGUCACUUAGAAGAGUGUUAUCUACACAAGAGGUUGAGAAACUGCCUGUCCCGUCAAGAAUGGUGCAAUUUCUGUCUUACAGGAUUAUUUAAGUUUUUAAGCCAGUGGAGUUCCAAGUUGAUCAAAGAAAAUUGUGCCGAACACAUUGUUACAUUUUUAUUUGUGUAUAUGUUUGUACAUAGAGUUUAAAGCACUUGUAAUUUAAAUAAAAAUACAAAUAGUGUUGGAACUUGACAAUGUCAAGCAUUGUAAAGAUGGUCAUGAAAUUCUUACUUUUGAGGUGGCCUUUUCAGAUCUUGGAGAUCUCUUCAGGUUUUUUGAAUUUUUUAUAGUGUUUCGUUUUUUGUUUUGAACAUGCUUAAAAUAUAUUCAUUUAAAAUGGUUAUCAAAUCGAAACACAAUUGGACUAUAAUGUCUCUUUGAAUUUUCAUAUCAAACAUUUUUGUUUACUUAUAUUUAUGUUAACUUCUAAGUGUUUUUUUUUGGUUUAAAGCUGUACUGAGCUGUAAAUAUUUUUGCAAAAGCUUUGGGUAAUUAUGUGAGAAUAGUUUGGAUGAUAUUUGGUCAUGCUUCAGCAAAGCUGCUCCUACAAUUGGAAGUAAGUGGGAUAGUCAUAUUGUGGCAGUUAACACCUAGUGAGCCUCACACCUUCACUUGCACAGCCCAAAAGGCACCCCCACCCCCCAAAACCUCCUGCAAAAAAAAAGCAUCUAGUGGUUUAUGUGAAGGAUUGAACUUUUGUUUUUUUUUGUUUUUUUUUUUUGUUUUUCUUUAAUGCUGGUACCAAAGAAGUUUUCUUGGCAGCAAAACAGUGUUUGGAAGAACUGUGUAAAUGGUCAUCCACAUUUACUUAAGAGGAUAGAUGUUUCAGCUACUAAUUCCAUAUCAUGCUUUAAACUUCAGAGCUUAAUAUGUAUUUAAAAAAAAAAAAAAAAACCCCCUGUCUGUUGGGAGGUAGGGGGCAAUGUUACUUGUGAUUGUAAAGCUACACAAGGAAUCUACUGGUUUCUCCAUUUUCAAGAUUUUCAGUGUUCAGCAUGUUCAGUUGGCACAGCCACCAAAGAUUAAGCAAAAUGCUUUUUUGAAAGAAAAAAAAAUAUAUAUAUAUGUAUAUUCUGAACUCUGGCAUCUUCAGUUACUUGAAACUUGCUUGUAUUUUACAUAUAUUUUAAGUACAUUGCUUGAAGCAUCUGCAAUAAACUAGCUGAAGUUAUGAGCAUUGUAUAUUUAUAGCUUUUGUUUACAAUGAAAAGCUUAAUUCAGCUCUGAAUGUAUAAACUGUGACUUCAGUCUGCGGGUGGGAAUUCUUUACUGUUGCCUUACUCCUAGAAGCUGGAGUGUUUCUGUGAAGCUUAAUUUACAUUAAAUCUUGUAAUAUACCAAUGCUCCUUGAGAGAUGUAUAUUUUUAUGGUUUGUUGCAAUUAAACACACACCUUUUGUGUUUUGAAGUCUCCUUGUACUUUAUUUCAGAUCUGAUGUGUAAUUUGCAAGACUUCUGCAUUAAACUUUUUCACCAAAA